AUGCUCACUCAUUCGUGUAUUCCGGUGGAGUGGGAAAAGGAUCAGGCAGAGAGGUUAUCCUAUCAGUGCCUCCACAAUGUAAGAAGGAACCCUAAUGCUUCCCUGCUGCCGUCGAUAAGCUACUGGUCUGGUGUGGUCAAUCACAUCGAAACGCUGAACUGGGAAGACGCGGAAAAGCAACUGACAGUCCUGCUACAUUUCUGUAGAAAAGGCUAUCAAUCAAGAAGAUCCGCGUACAGCAGGGCCGUCAAGAUGACCAUCCCAGACGUUGACAUGGAACACGUGCCUGAGCAACUCCGAAAUUUACCCGAUGGAAGUACAUUUCUGAAGCUGCAGGAACCCAACAUGCACAUCUACAUCUCCGAUGAGAUAGUCAAGCGUGCAAUGGAUAACGGACUUCAUGCCUUAAUCGGGGAUGGUGUACAUCAACUCAACCCGCGUAAUAAACGCGGCUCUCAUGUGCGGGUCGAAAAGGGGCAAGUCUACACCAUUCACGGCGUUUGCAGAGGGGGCAUAGAAGUCCCGAUCAUGUUUGUCAUCGCCCGACGCAAAAGAGAGGAAGAUUACAUCGUUAUUUUCGAGAAUCUGAAAGAAGCGCUUCGGCGAGCCGACCCGAAUGCAAGGGAACAUUUACAAUUUAGACUUAUUGUAGAUUUUGAGAUGGCCACGAUUAGUGCGGCUCGCAGGGUUUUCCCCCAAUUUUCUAUCCAGGGCUGUUCCUGGCAUCUAUCUCAAGCAUGGGCAAGGAAACGCAAUAGCCUGGGCUUGCUGCAAUUCUUAAAGGGGGAGAAUCGGAAUCGCGGUAUAAUCCGAUGGUGGCGGACCUUGAAAGGUCUACCUUUCCUUCCGAGAAAUUGUUUCUACUUAGUAAAUGCCCUGCGCACACCACCAGUAGACGAGGCUCACCCCGCUUUUCGAGCUUGCUCGAACUUCCUCACCUAUUUGCACGAAACUUGGCUCACUGGACCAUUCUCGUCCAUGUGGUGCAAAUAUAUGGUGCACGAGGAAAGAACCACCAACGCCGCAGAAAACUACCACGGAAGGUUACGGAAGAUUCUCAUGAAGAAACAUCCACCCUUAGCAUCCCUGUUGCUCGUGUUCAGAAGCUUCACUUCAGUUGCUAAAGCAAAGCUUGCCAGGAUGGAAAGGUAUCCUCGUGAAGGGAGAGCACUGAGAAAGCGCGAUAGAAUUCGCCGUGAAAAAGUGGACCGCGCUAUGAACACCUUCGAAGAACUUCGAGCUGGCCCUUAUCUAACUACUGUCCAAGUUGGCCAUUAUUUGAGGAAGAUGUCCAAAUACACAUCAGACAAAGCCAUUUGA